AUGGUUGACGAAGCUCAACUGCAUAAAGGUCCACCCGAACAGGUCGCGCGUGUUCUUCGAAACACAAAACAAGUGCUCCAUGUACCAUCGACUAUGACAGGAAGACAUUUCCAUGAGCUUUUCACGGGGCCUAAUUUACGGCUGGAGAUAUUGGGACUUUUCUAUGCGAUAGCUGGCCGACUGAGUGUUUUCGGCCUGGCUCAUGAUAAAUUCCCCAGGCAGAAUGGAAUGGCAGCUCGUGAGCGGUUUUCUCGAAAGAUGCUGGCGGCUAGUGAUGCGGUACUCCAGAUUUGCAAGCUCAUCGCCCCAGUCAAUGACCUAACGAUAUGGAUGCUGUAUGAAAUUCUAUUAUUGUCAAAGGUGGCCCAUGGCGACGCUAGCUCCGCAAAGUGGCGCAGGCUCGGCGACCUGUCAACCCAUAUAUUCGAGCUGGGGUUGCAUAGAGACUCCCAACAGUCAAGCUCUCUCCCACUAUUUUUAGUCGAGUCUCGCCGGAGACUCUUUGCAGCGACAUAUCAACUCGACAAGAGCAUUGCGACGUUUCUGGGCAGACCGCCGAGGAUCUCAUUAAGACAUUCAGACUGUCGACUGCCUCUUGAUCUCGACGAUCGCUCAUUGGAGGCUGAUCAGUCGGAGAUUGAACUCGCAUUGCAGGACUUGGACAGCGAUGGAUGGAAUACUCAAGGCAGUCUUCACCGAUCCACCUUUUCCCGGCAACGGUUCCUGGUCGCUACCUUUCGCGAGGAGAUCCUAGAAGUCUCUUUAGAGACCCAAAACCAUAGGACAGCCGAGAAGCUGAGGGAUAUUUCUAUGCGUUGUCAUCAAACAUGGGAUUCAAUGCCGAAGCAAUUGCACUACAGCCCAGAUUCUCGGGAUGAGAACAUGUCAAACACGGUCUGUAUGAUGCUUAUUGUAUCAUACUUAGCUUACCUAUACAAUGACUUCCUCAUUCAAAGGCUCCUUGUUCAGCAAGACCCCGAAGCCUACUCUGCUUUACUCAACGUGAGCUCAACCAUCCUGUCGACCGUUCUAGAUUUCUGCGCCAUGCGAGAGGAUAUGGUUGACCUUCGACCAGACUUCAUGUGGACAAAACAAGCGCGCACCGGUAAACCAAUACCCUACCAGGGCUCACGAUCUGUCUUGAUUCGUCAUUUGAGCGUUUUUAUCUCGCAUUUAGAGUCGAUGUCUCGACCGGGGGUUGUGAACCAGGAGCUGUUUCACCGCGCGAGUAAGAUAUUCUCGAGCAUCAUCGACGAGGUUCUGGAACCGCGUGUCGCGGUAACACUCCCGGGGCCUGAUAUAGAUAUAUUGGCAGGUUCGGGGACGUGUAUGAUCGGAAGCGAUGAUUUGGAAUUCUUGGAUAUGUUGGAGUUUGGAGGAUCGAUUGAUCAAUAUGUGAUGCCCCUGGUUUGCUGGCUGCGAUUCGGACUAAUUCCGAGUUAA